AUGAAGACGUUGGGGACUUACCACUUUGAAGGAGAGCCAGAUCUUUACCAGGCGGACGCAUGGCUACAAAGCAUCGAAAGGAAUUUCGCUGCAACUAGGUGUCCAAUCAACUUCAAGAAGGACGUUGGAAUCUACUAUCUACGGAAGGACGCACUAAACUGGUGGGAGAGUGUGGAUCGACAAAAAGGCCAGUAUGUCAAUACUUGGGAGAAGUUCAAACACGAGUUUGAGCAGAAGUAUUUUCCACCAGAAGCACGGGAUCGUCUAACUCAAGAAUUUCUGAGAUUGGAGCAAGGCGAGAAGAGUGUACGAGCCUAUGAAGCGGAGUUUAUGAGGUUACAAAGGUAUGCCUCAUACUGUAACGAGGAUGAUAAAGCCCUGGUGAGACAAUUCAUGCAAGGCUUAAAACCGGAGAUAGGAGGUCGACUACAAUCUGUCACUUUCACCAACCCUCAUGAAGUGAUAGAGAGAGCGGUGAAUGUAGAGACAUAUCUACAAAAGGAGAAAGCGGCGUGGAACAAAAGGAAAAUGGAGUUCAACGCGACAACCAAGUCAAAGAAGGGAGGUCAAUCUUCUAACCAAAGAAAACCCCACAAGGAAUCUCUCAUGCACGUCAGAUGCUAUCUUUGUGGCGAAUUUGGGCAUUACGCCACUAGUUGUCCCAACAGAGUUGUUGGAACAGCAGGAGGAUCCGGCAAACAAAACGCACCACCCCGACCAAUGAAAGAAUCCCCGACUAAGCGUCUAACUUCUUCGGGUAAGGUGUAUGCUUUAGAAGCAGGACCAUCAAACCCGUCGGGAUCAAACCAAGGUCCCAUCACAGGAACAAUAUGUGUAGGUGGUAUCCUGACACAUGUUUUGUUCGAUUCGGGAGCGACACAUAGCUUUGUGACUCCCGAAGUAGCAUCUUGUUUUGGUGACGCUUAUAGGAUAGGAUUGGUGGAGGUUUCUGUUGUAACCCCCGGAGACCAAGUCCUUAAAGCGUCUAGUGUCGUGUUAGGUGUGCCUGUUGUUAUGCAGGGAGAGACGUUUUCGGCUGACCUACUAGUCCUACCCCUAGCCCGCUUCGACGUAAUCCUUGGAAUGGAUUGGUUGUCAAGCUACAAAGCUCAGCUUGACUGUGAGAGAGGAAGAAUCACCUUCAAAGGAUCUCAGCGUCAGAAGAUUGCGUACCAAGGAAUCAGUCCUAGUACGGCAGUGGCGUUAGUAGCUGCUCUACUAAUAGAGAAGCAGUUGGAGUGUGGUGAAGCUUAUCUGAUUGCUAUCAGUGUGGUGGAAGAAGAAGAUGACAAGGAGUUGAGGGUGGAAGACAUUUCAGUGGUGUGUGAAUACGGGGAUGUAUUCAAGGCAUUAACUGAAUUGCCCCCAUCCAGGAAGAACCCCUUUACUAUCAGUCUUGAACCAGGAACGGCACCAAUAGCAAGGGCACCAUAUCGUAUGGCCCCAGCAGAGCUAGCCGAGUUGAAGACACAGUUAGAAGACUUGAUGGACAAGGGAUUCAUUCGACCGAGUUCCUCACCAUGGGGAGCACCGGUGUUAUUUGUGAAGAAGAAAGACGAUGAGUUGUUAGAUCAGUUGCGAGGAGCAAGUUGGUUUUCCAAGAUCGACUUAGCCUCCGGAUAUCAUCAGAUCUCAAUCUUUGAGCCCGACGUAUUCAAGACGGCGUUCAACACGAGGUAUGGUCAAUACGAGUUUGUCGUCAUGCCAUUCGGAUUGACCAAUGCCCCGGCCGCAUUCAUGAGAUUGAUGAAUGAGGUGUUUCACGACUACCUGGAUGGAUUCGUGAUAGUCUUCAUCGACGACAUAUUGGUUUACUCCAAAACCAAGGAAGAGCACAAGGAGCAUCUGCGGAAGGUCUUGGAAAGACUAAGAAGUCAGAAGCUCUACGCCAAGUUCAGCAAGUGUCGGUUCUGGAAACGGGAGAUAGGUUUCCUAGGACACAGGGUUUCAGAACAAGGAGUUUCUGUCGACCCCGAGAAGAUAGCGGCUAUACAAGACUGGCCACAACCCACAAAUGCAACAGAAGUAAGGAGUUUUCUGGGAUUGGCCGGAUACUACCGCAAGUUUGUAAAGGACUUCUCAAUCAUGGCGAAACCAUUAACAAGGCUAACCGGGAAAGGAGUUCCAUUCGUCUGGAGUGAAGAAAUUGAGUGUGCAUUCGCCGAGCUAAAAGAAGCAUAA